AAAAGCGACGUGCAGAGAGUAUAGUGGGCCACGUGAAUCGUCUCUAACCGCCGAAGAGCGGGUCCUUGUCAAAAAUACCAACGCAUGUUCCCUGCAACAUACUUAAAGAAACUUAAAAUGGAACGUUUGUUUACUGUCGUUGCCUCGAUUACAAAGCAUUGCUUUUAGAACGGAAAUCUAAAGUUCCCAGAGGUAAAUAACCGAAUUUAAUCGGCUGUAAAUUCCAGCAGAGGUGAUUUGCUUUUCCGUCAUUUUCACAUAUAGUUGACAAUCGCGGUGGCACUUCCUAGCCUUCUGGUGAGUUUAAAAGGUAGAGUGACCGCCCGGAAAAGCGUUUGUCCCAGGUUCGAUCCCCAGAGGACUAGAAUUACAGCUUCUUUGAAGUGGUUGCUGAGUGGCUAUGGUGUUGGGCUGCUGAGCACGAGGUCGCGGGAUCAAAUCCCGGCCACAGCGGCCGCAUUUUUAUGGGGGCGAAAUGCGAAAACACCCGUGUGCUUAGAUUUAGGUACACGUUAAAGAACCCCAGGUGGUCGAAAUUUCCGGAGUCCCCCACUACGGCGUGCCUCAUAAUCCGAAAGUGGUUUUGGCACGUAAAAUCCCAUAAUUUAAUUUAAGCUUCUUCGAAACAUUCUGAGGAAUUCCAAUGAGAGAGGACACAAUAAAAGGCAGGGAGGUUGACGGACGUCCGGUUGGUUAUCCUUCACGGGAGAAACGAUCACACGCAGAUCAGUUUCCCUUUUAUCUUCUUCUUUUUUAUUUCGUGAAACUUCCUUCAUUUUGCGAAUUUUCCCGUGUACAUAUACGCAGCGAAAUGCAAAUGCAGCUCGAUGAGUCGCGAGAGUUCGAGGUGCUUGGUCUCGUGUGAUUUUUUAAAUCAUCACUUCUUUUAAUUCGUAACAAAUCAGCAACCAUGCCGCGCUAGCAAAUGUAAAAGUUCAGAGCAAGACGUUUGCGAUGGGUGCGAAAUUGUAAGCGCUCAAAGUAAAGGGUUGUAUACUCUAUCGCACAAUUGAUACCGUUAGUAACUCACUAGCUACGCUAGCGCCGCGCUGGAAGUGGUGGAAAUCUUUGAAAGAGUGGCUGCAGUGUGUACUGGUGUUCCUGGUUCUCGACUGGCUUUGAUGUUGCUAUGUGCUUCGUUUGUAUCCCUUCGUUUGUCAGCUUUAGCACUCUUCUGUCUGCGUUGCCGAAUGAAACAUUAUUAAACCAAUGUGCGUACUCGGAGUUAUACCACGUUAUAUGGCUGAGCUGCGUCACAGCUUUUUCAGCGGGCCCUCGUGGUGCUUCUGCACUGGUUUCAGGCUGGGCCACUAACCCUUGCAACCAUCUGAACGCGCGGCCCGCUGAAGCAAGGAUGUCCCUGGCCAUCUGAAAUGUCACCGCCUGCAUGAAGGCAGCGCUGGAAAGCACCUGGCAACACGUUAUUGAGCUUUAGCUUCGGAAGCACAAAGCUAUAGCUGUCUCCAGUUUACUACCAUGCCUGCUGCAAGAUGAUUUGGAAAUGUGGUAUUACCGGACGCUUGCCGAACAUCGCUGAAUGGCAGCUCAAGAGGUCUGAUACCGGAGAGUCCAGGUCGAUACCCCGGAAUGGCGGGCCGGAAGAGGCGCACUACGCCGGGCACAAAGACGUGUUUUAGAGGACGUGUCCAAGAGGACAAGAGGACGUGUCCGCUUUUCCGGCCACCGGCCGACGCCGAUUUGCUUCGCCAGUGGGAGCGGAACGUACAGAGGAAAGACAGGGCGCUCACUCUGAAGGACGCGGCUUGCGCGCUGCACUUCGAGGAGCACCUGGUAUGCGACAGGUAUUACGGCGAACACGCGGGGAACGUGCUGCUCAACGAGAGGAAAGUUCCGAGGCUCCGGAAAGGCGCGGUGCCGACGAUUUUCGAAGGAGGUGUUGUCGGCGUCGCCGGCGUUGGUUCGGACGCACCAGAGGGGUCGUCAAAGGCGGUCGCGCAACAGCCGCCAGAUGCCGGGGCGCCUCUGUGCGAUUCGAGCCCGACUCGGGAUGCCUCGCUCGAGACGACGCCUUGCCUGAACGCCGACGCCCGAAGCGGUGAUCUCGACCAGCGUAUCACCGUUAAAAGAGGGGAGGAGGACAGCCCCGACGCGAGCCUGAUUUGGAACAAGGAGCCCCGCACGGACGAAAAGAUCGUCGCUCCUAGUGUUCACCCUGACUUCCGCGUCAAAGUGGAGAACGACGAGUACUGCUUGGGUGUGCCGAGUCCAAAGGAAGUUGUUCACAACGAGGACCAAGGCCGGGUGGUAAGACAGCUCAGUGAAGUCGAAUAUAACGGUGCGGGCGUUGGCUGUCCUGUCGAAGUGAAAAAGGAAGAGGAGUGCACCCACGAGCAGUGUCUGCUUCAAGUGCCUAGGAUAGUGUGCGUAGUCAAUGAUUUCGACACACCGCAGGCACCCCCCAUUGUGCCACGGGCCCUUGUGGAACACCUCGUGCACCACCCUGAGGUAGUGAAACUCCCGCUCACGUGGAACUACCACAAGGUCAGGGCGCCCCGAGGGAACCGCGUCGUCUUCUGCACCCUCGCCGUCGCCAGCGACGGAACGACCCCCGUCGUCAGCAAGCUCGUCGACGUCACGGACAGCCGCGAAGGGGAGCCGCUCGAGGCGUUCGUGUCGAGCCGGAGCCUGGACGGCGCGCUGGGCGACGUCGCGAAACCGACCAGCGUCGAGGCCGUCGAGCGCAUGGUGGAGGCGAUCGACCGGCUGCCCAUGUGCAACGGCGGACCGCCGAGGGCCAAGUACCCGGAUGUGGAUCCGACUCGCGCUCGCGUCGACGCCCUGGGCGUGUGGAGGCACGCCGACUGCGAGGUGUACGGCGCCGCGCUGUGUCGCCACUGUGCCCGGCUCGACAGCACCCUGCGCGCCCAGGUGUCGAGGCAGCGCAGGAGGAAAAAAUCGGCGCCGCUGCGGGUUUGCCUCGCCUCGCUGCCGCCGGUGCAGCGCUCCAAAGUGGAGCUGCUCCGAAGGCGCAGCCGGUGCCUGUACAAGAAGCUGCGGCGUCUCACGGGCGGCGGGAAGGAACUCUGGGACGACGAGGACGACGAGGAGGACGACGAGAACGGAAUCGAGUACCCCGAGGCGCUUUCGUAAUCGGCGGGGGCUGGGCUCUCGUCUAUAGGCCUUGUCAACGGCGUAUAUAUAUUUACGUCGUCGCGAGAGACCCUUAGCGUCACGCCACUAGUAUACUGUCGCGCUCAUUGUGAGCUAGAACGCGGGUGACCUGUGGCACGUGCGGCUUCGAAACCUCGCGGCGUCGUUGACGUGCGAAAAAUAUUUGUGAACUAGAUGCUACGCUAACUGGAACGGCGUUCGUUUCUCCGAAGAUUCGUGGGUCGGCACCGCCGGGCAGUCUUGGAGCCCCUUGACCAUGGUAGCCCGUGCUGUAGCCCGUAUUGUGCGCAACUUGCGCGUGGGCACAGAGGAAGAGCAGUGCACACACGCAACCGCAUAUACUUCCAACAACGAUUCAUUUCCUCGGUGAAAAGCACUGUAUUUAUCGAUUCCACAGUUUACGUAACAGGUAUACGUUCUGUGACGUGUAUCGCUGGAGGUGUAAGUGUCGUCAUUUCCCGGAAAUAAGUACUUGUUAAGUUAGCACUGUGUGUGUGGCUCGUUCUUACUCAGCGUCCAUGUACCAGUCGCGCUAGGCUACUCGUCUUAAUGAUUUUUGUAACAUUCACAGAUAGCUUUAAAGCGUAAUACACAUGAUGCGUAUUGAAAACCAUCCGAUCCGUUGUACGAGUACAGUCGAGGCAACGAUUGAUAGUGUGCAACACGGCUGCAACCCGCCCUGGUUGCUCAGUGGCUAUGGUGUUGGGCUGCCGAGCACGAUGUCGCGGGAUCGAAUCCUGGCCAUGGUGGCCGCAUUUCGAUUGGGGCGAAAUGCAGAAACACCCGUGUACUUAGAUUUAGGUGCACGUUAAAGAGCCCCAGGUGGUCGGUGGUUUUGGCACGUAAAACCCCACAACUUAAAUUUUUUUAACAUGGCUGCAACAAGUUUACAAGAGAAAAGCGCGGUUAUCGGCCGUUCGCUAUGUUUGUAGAAUCACUUUCGCGAUGUUUCGCGUGACUAGUACCGCUGGACGCGUUGGUGCCUGUGGGCGGCAUUGUUCAGGACAUCGUGCAACUAAAUUAAGACAGCGUGCUUAGCACUACGCCAAGAAUGCCUGCAGGAGCCGACGCAUUCGGUACUAGUCACGUUAAAUCUCGCGAAAGUGAUUAUAUUUUAUUUAUUUAUUUAUUUAGGAAUACUGCAGGCCUUAGAAGGCCCAGGCAGGAGGGGAAAGGUACAUACAAAAAAAGAAAACACAAUAGAUUGACAAAGGAGUAAAAAAAGAAAGCUCCGCAAAAAAUGUAAUAGAAAGUACAAUCGCAUAAUGAGUAAAGCACCUCUAAAUAAUGCAUAGAGAGUGGCAGGUACAAAUUGAAACACUGUUUCACAAGCAAAGUUUCAAUGCACAGGAAAUGUAACAGAAAAAAAGGAGGAGUGCAUAAUUCAAUAUUACUACAACGCGCAAAUGAAUAAAUAUUGCACAACGAUACAAAUUGAAGCGAGAUUUCGCAAGAACAAGCACUAAAAUUAGAUAGUAAUAGACGCUAUUGAGUCAGUGCUGAGAAGUUUGUUAUAGGGUAGGCUGUUCCAUUCCGUUACUGUUCGAGGGAAAAAGGAAGACAUAAAGACAUUGGUUCUACCAUUAUAAGGCGUUAAUGAUGCAGCGUGGCGAUGUCUUGUUCGGCGGGCAGUAAGGGGUGUUAUGUAAGGUUCGGGAGAAAGAGAUAGUUUAUUGUUACUCAGCAAGAAGAGAAAUUUAAGCCUGUGAAUUUUUCUUCUUAGUUGCAAAGACUGAAUAUUGUGUUCAGCCAUUAACUGAGUUGGGGAAUCACUUGUGCGAUAUUUAGAGAAGAUGAACCUUACUGCUUUACGUUGUAUCAUUUCUAGCGCAUCGAUGUUAGUUUUAGUAUAGGGAUCCCAUACAAUAGCUGCAUACUCGAGUUUAGGACGGACAGGAGAGGUGUAGGCGAUAAGACGGGUUUCAGAAGGAGCGUGUUUUAAUUUAUGCCUGAGGUAGCAAAGCUUCUUAAAAGCCGAGUCGCAAAGAUGGGAGAUGUGCGAGUUCCAACUAAGGUUACUGGCUAUUGUAACACUGAGGUAUAUAUAUUCAUUCACCUCCGUAAGAGGUUUCGAUGCUAGGCUAUAGGUAAACGACAAUUUAUUAAUUUUCCUAGUUAUUUUCAUAAAUACUGUUUUAUCAAUGUUAAGCUGCAUGUCCCAGCGCGCACACCAAGCUAGUAUGUCUUGAAGGUUAGAGUUUAGAAUAACUUGAUCUUGUCGGCAAGUGAUCUCAUUAAAGAGGAGGCAAUCAUCAGCAAACAGUUUUAUUUGUACGGGUUGAGUAACAGUGUCGACAAUGUCUUUAAUAUAUGUGUUAAAUAAUAAUGGUCCAAGAACACUACCCUGGUGAACACCAGAAGUGACAGGAAGGGUGCUGGAAGAGCAAUCAUCAACUACUACGAAUUGCGUACGGUUAGAAAUAUAAGCGUGAAUCCAAUUUACGAGAUGGGAAGGAAUGUUCAAAUGUUCAAGUUUUUCUAUGAGCUUUGCGUGUGAUACAAGAUCAAAUGCUUUCCUGAAGUCCAAGAAUAUGAUGUCAGUUUGCCCUGAUUUGUCGAUAGUGCUAGCGAGACUGUGAACUACAGUGGUUAAUUGGGUUGCAGUGGAGAGGCCCUUUCGAAAACCAUGCUGCAUAGGAGAUAGAAUGGCUCUAUCGUCGAGAAAUUUAUUGAUUUCAGAAGCAAUAAUGUGUUCUAAAAGUUUGCAACAAGAUGAGGUUAGUGAAAUGGGACGAUAGUUUGCCACUAGUGAUGGAUCGCCUGUUUUUAGUAUCGGAACAAUACGAGCAGAAAGCCAGUCGUUAGGAAGCACCGCCGAUGAAAGGGAUGCACGAAAGAUGAUUACGAGAAAGCGAGAUAGCAUUUCAGCGUACCUGUGAAGAAAUAUGUUUGGUAGGUUAUCCGGCCCAGGAGAUGAUUUUGUUUUUAAAUUCAGAAGCAUAGAAAAGACGCCAGACAAAGAAAUAAAACUAAAAUCAUUGUGUGCUACGCCAUUCACACGAGGGGAAACGGGCGAGUUCGAAAAGACACUGUUAAAAUAAGCAUUGAAGUGAACAGCGAUAUCUUGUUUAGCGACGACAGGAUUGCCCUCAUGCAUAAUAUGGUCAACUGAUUUACUUUUUUUACUAAGAUAACCCCAAAACUUGGAAGGAGCAGUUCUGAUGAAGUUAGGAAGGGUGAACUGGUAAUAGCGAAGUUUAGCAACACUGAUAGCCUCAUUUAAUUUUGCUUGGUAAGGUUCUACUAUGUCACGAGAAAGACCCUGUCGUCUUAGUCGUUUAAGCUUUCUCUUUAUGUGCACUAUGUCACGCGUCAUCCAGGGAGUAGCUCUAUAUGUUCGCUUGGUUUUAUUUGGAAUAAAGUUGUCAAUACAGUGCGUACAAAUAUUCUUAAAUUCAUCCCAAAGUUGAACGGUGUCAUGUCCCCCAAAACCGCUGAGACUAAAGUCAAGAUAAUCCAGUAUGCUCUCAUCCCUGGCACGUGAAAAAUCCUUUACAGUAAUAGUUUUACAAUGAGUAGACCUGAGAGGAUCAAGGUAGCAAGAAAAAGCCACAAGUUCAUGAUCCGAAAUGCCAUGUUCAACAGAGAGAGAAUGAUUAUCUAAAGUCCGGCUAAUAAACACAAGGUCAAGUAUUGAGGCAGAAGUAGUGCUAAUUCGUGUUGGCUCAGUAACCACUUGCUGCAAGUUGUGCAUCAAGAUUAUGUUGCGCAACUGCUCAUUAUUUAUAUUAACAUCAGCGCUAGGAGUUCCGUGAAUCCAGUCAACUCCCGGAAGAUUGAAAUCACCUAUGAGAAAAAUUUUUUCGUGCACAAAAGUCGCCAUGUGAUUACGCAGAUCAUUGAGAAAUUGCGGAGCGGAAUCGGGAGCGCGGUAAACAGCAAAAAUCAAAACAGAAACAUUAUGGCAUAGAAUUUUUAAAGAGAUCACUUCAAGAUUAUCAGCUUGACGUAGGAGAACUGCCGAAAUAUCUUGUCUCACCAAAAUAGCAACACCGCCACCUCUAGUAGGUCUAUCACGACGGAAAGCACGGUAAUUAGAGGGAAAGACAUCUGCAUCUUCUAUUUCGUCAUGCAGCCAUGUUUCUGUGAUGACGAGAAUGUGUGGGUUACGCGCAAGAAUUAUCGCGUCAAGCUGAUCACUCUUGUUGAUAACACUGCGUGCAUUGAUAUUUAAGAUUCGGAAUUCUUGAGGGGGAGCAAGUCAGUCCUUUUUUGAAGUACUGCGAUAGUCAUGGAUUUUAAUCCUGGUGUUCGUGGCAUCAUUCCAUAUAAAGUAUUCAUUGUUGACCCGCAGUUUUGCGUCUAUCAAAGUAACUUUUUUGCCCUCUUUCUUUUCAACCUUCGCGCUGUCCCAAAGCAGUUUACGUUUUCUGUGGGUUUCAUGCGAAUAAUCAUUUUGUACUGAAAUUCUGGUCCCUUUUAACUUGUUCGCGUUUUUUAAAAUUGCACGUUUUUCAUUGAAGUCCUGAAAGAACAUAAUAACGGGUCCUUGUUUACCAGUCUUCCCUAAACGGUGGAUUCUUCCAAUCGAGCUGCAAUUUACGUUUAGCAUGUGGGAAAAUAUGUCAGUCACAAUUUUUUCCUUAAGCUCAGUUUCUGUUUCGGCGGCUUCCUCCCGAAGGCCAAAUAGUACCAAAUUGGAACGCCUACUCCUAUCUUCCAAUUCUACUAUCUUGUUUUCUAGAGAUUUAACGGUUUGUUCAAGUUCAUCAACACGAGCGACACGUUUUUCUAAAACAGUGAAUCGAUUGCCCCAAUCAGUAAAAAGUUUUUCCAUGUUAUUCUGCUGCGUUCUAAGCAUCGCCAUUUCUUCAACUAACUUAGUUUGUCCUGCCAGUAUUUCUUGCAGCACUUUUUCAAUAUCGGGGCCUGGAUUUGUCUCAACGUCACCGCACAGCAAAAGUAAACACAUACAGUACAUUUCGUAAGCAGUACUAGCACAAUGCCCGAAAACAGACGAUAAAAAAAAAGAGGAUCGAGUUCCCAAACGAGAGCACAAGUUCUCAAAGAGAGAGAGAGAAAAUAAUGCAGAGAAAGGCAGGGAGGUUAACCAGGGCCGCUAUUUUGUAGCGGUGCCUUAUGCCUUAUUCUAUGCUAUUCUUAUCAUCCACCACACACGGCCGCCUGAUCCCGUUGAUAAUGUGGGCAGACGGUCGCUCUGACCACUGGCCAAGCGCGAAAAGUCUGAAAAGGAAUAGAAUCGGAAAAGGCAUCGCUACAAAAUACCGGCCCAGAGGUAGUUCCGGUUGGCUACCCUGUGCAGGGGGAAGGGUUAAGAGCGAUAAAAAAAGAGUAGAAGGGGGAGAUAGAAAGAAAAGGAAAACAAGCACGAACAAAGCGCGUACGCUACAGAGCGGUAGGGGGCGGCAUUCUUAGAGUAUGUCGUGAAGCCCCGUAAGGUAGCCACGCUUCCGAAGGGAUCGCGGCCGAUCGGUAUUGAAAUUGACCCGUGUGACCGAGGGUGUAACUGCCGUCGGAAACCCAAGAUGCCAGCCGAGGUCAUCGGCGUAUCUUGUGUGCGCAAAUUAGCAAGAAAUUUAGAUUUUUUUUUCAACUGCGUUGUACAGUGUGCAUUUCAAACUGAACUGAGAGAUCACUUUAGGCAAAUAAUUUGGAUGAAAUACUUUUUUUUUCUCAUUUUGUACUACGUUAAACUUAGGCGUGCUGUCCAUGCAUGAUGGUCAAGAAUAUAAUCUCCACCACUCGUAGUGCCGAACGCUUCGGAAACGGACGAACAAGUAAAUAACUAAAGCAAAUCAAUUUGGUCACCUCGGCCGGUAAUGAAAGACAGCCGGAAGCUCGUGACGUAAUGUUGUUCUUUCAUACAUGCAGUAAGUCGUUCGUGUGUGAGAGCCAGACCUAACUAGGACAAGUCCAGCUCUCGGCGCCACACGUGAAACGUCUAUAGUCGUUCAGCGGUAGGGCGGAGCCUCACAUCACUGUUCGCUCAGGUCUUUGACAGAAUGUGUCCGUCAGAAUUGCUUAUCUGGAGUGCCAUCGCUUUUUCCUUCUUCAUCUAGUGCAGUUCCCACUUUUCCCCACCAUAUCCGUUGGUGAAAAAUUGGUCUCCAGGGUAACUCUUCUCGCGUGUGUUUGGCGCGCAGAUGUCUUUUAAGGUGUUGAUAUGUUUCCCUUAAUAAACUUUUGAACUAAAAGAUG